CCCUAGCCGACCUCCGCCGCAUUCCCACACACCCCCAUCCGCCACGGCCACCACGCGGGCCCAGGCGCCCGAUCUCCAUCCCACACCCUCGUCGUCUUCGUCUUCGUCUUCGUCUUCUGUUGCCGCUUGGCUCACCCUGGCGGCCUCGCUGUUCGAUCUCGCGCUGCCAUGGAGCGGUACGAGGUGAUCCGGGACAUCGGGUCGGGCAACUUCGGGGUGGCCAAGCUGGUGCGGGAUGUCAGCACCAACGAGCUCUUCGCCGUCAAGUUCAUCGAGAGAGGCCAGAUGAUUGAUGAGCAUGUUCAAAGGGAGAUUAUGAACCACCGAUCACUGAAGCAUCCAAACAUAAUUAGAUUCAAGGAGGUUGUGCUAACUCCCACACAUUUGGCAAUAGUUAUGGAAUAUGCUGCUGGUGGUGAGCUAUUUGAAAGGAUUUGCAAUGCUGGGAGGUUUAUUGAGGAUGAGGCAAGGUUCUUCUUCCAACAACUGAUUUCAGGAGUGAGCUAUUGUCAUUCCAUGCAAAUAUGCCAUAGGGAUCUGAAACUAGAAAAUACUCUCUUAGAUGGCAGUGCUGCACCUCGGCUCAAGAUCUGUGAUUUUGGUUAUUCCAAGUCUUCUGUGUUGCACUCUCAACCAAAGUCAACAGUUGGCACACCUGCAUACAUUGCUCCAGAGGUCCUCACUAAGAAAGAAUAUGAUGGAAAGGUUGCUGAUGUUUGGUCCUGCGGAGUAACACUGUAUGUGAUGCUGGUCGGUGCAUAUCCAUUUGAGGACCCUGAUGACCCAAGGAACUUCCGCAAGACAAUCACUAGGAUACUCAGUGUUCAAUACUCAAUUCCAGACUACGUUCGAGUUUCAAUGGAAUGCAGACAUCUGUUGUCCCGCAUAUUUGUCGGAAAUCCUGAGCAGAGAAUAACCAUUCCAGAAAUCAAGAACCACCCGUGGUUCCUCAAGAACCUGCCCAUCGAGAUGACCGAUGAGUACCAACAGAGCAUGCAGCUGCCAGGCAUGAACAGCCCGGAACAAAGCCUGGAAGAAGUGACGGCUAUCAUACAGGAGGCGCGGAAGCCAGGGGAAGCCGUGAAGGUUGCCGGGCAGGUAUCCUGCCUGGGGAGCAUGGAUCUUGACGACAUUGAUUUGGACUAUAUCGACGACAUCGACAUCGAGAACAGUGGCGACUUUGUUUGCGCAAUGUGAUGUUCAUGUUUGUGGUUCAACCGGUAAAGUAGCAGAGUAGCAGCGAGCUUCCGUUGGUUGUUGAUGUAUGUAGAUCCUUGGAUUAUGCUUCUAUUGGCAUCUGGAUCAGAUACGUUCUCAGUGAUGUAUUGAAUAUUUUUUUAAAAAAAAUUUGAUGUAGUGAAUAUGACCAUCAUUUCUGUUGCCAUUCCUAUCGUCUAGUUUCAAUAACAUAGCUUGCAUUCAUUUGCU